AACAAUCUAAAAUUGGAUGAUGUCGAGGAACUUGCACAUGAUCCACAGAUGUCAACCUAUGAAACAAUAAAGAACGAAAAGAUUAAUGAAAGAUUCAGAAAAGAAAUUCUGGAAGAAGAGGCUUACCGAAAGCGUCACCAAACCCGAGUUAC